UGUCUCCAGAGCUACUGGGGCCCCGAGGGCCAGCCAGGGCCUCGGCCUGCGGGGCCUGGAGGGGCGAUCCAGUCCUGUCUACGAGCUUGGCAAUGCCCCACCACGGAGCGUCAUCCGGCCAGGGCCAUCUCAGAGCCGGCUGGGAGCAGAGACUGGAGAGGUCCUUACCGGCACCCAAAUUGGGACUCCUUUGGAUGGGGCUGGGCUUGGCUCUGGUCCUGGCUCUGUUUGACUCCACGGUUCUCUGGGUUCCUGCCAGAGCUUAUCCUCUUCCCUCCCAAGGCCAUUCUGUCAAAUUCAGUGCGGUAGCGCCGCAGCUCCAGAAUGCCUUUGGGUGGAGGAACCUCACCUGCCCCGCCUGCAAAGUCUUAUUUACUGCUCUCAACUAUGGGCUGAAGAAGGAGCCCAAUGUGGCACGAGUAGGCUCUGUGGCCAUCAAGAUGUGCAAGAUGCUGAACAUAGCGCCACUAAAUGUGUGCCAGUCAGCUGUUCAUCUCUUUGAGGACGAUGUGGUGGACGUGUGGACACGCUCAGUUCUGAGCCCUUCAGAAGCUUGUGGCUUGCUUCUGGGCUCCUCUUGUGGGCACUGGGACAUCUUUUCAACUUGGAACAUCUCUUUGCCAUCAGUGCCGAAGCCACCCCCAAAGCCACCGAGCCCACCAGCCCCAGGUGCCCCUGUCAGCCGUGUCCUCUUCCUUACUGACCUUCACUGGGACCAUGACUACCUGGAGGGCACAGACCCUAACUGUGCAGAUCCCCUCUGCUGCCGCAGGGGGUCUGGAUGGCCGCCCAACUCACGGACAGGGGCUGGGUACUGGGGAGAGUACAGCAAGUGUGACCUGCCCCUGCGAACGCUAGAGAGCCUGUUGAAAGGGCUGGGCCCCGCCGGCCCUUUUGAAAUGGUGUACUGGACAGGAGACAUCCCUGCCCAUGAUGUCUGGCAACAGUCUCGACAAGAUCAGCUAAGGGCCCUGAACACCAUCACAGACCUCGUGUGGAAGUUCUUGGGCCCUGUACCGGUGUACCCUGCUGUGGGCAACCAUGAGAGUACUCCUGUCAAUGGCUUCCCUCCCCCCUUCAUAAAGGGAAACCAGUCUUCACAAUGGCUUUAUGAAGCCAUGGCCAAGGCAUGGGAACCCUGGUUACCAGCUGACGCCCUUCACACCCUCAGAAUUGGGGGCUUCUAUGCCCUCACCCCACGCCCUGGCCUCCGCCUCAUCUCUCUCAAUAUGAAUUUUUGUUCCCGUGAGAACUUUUGGCUCUUGAUCAACUCCACAGAUCCUGCUGGACAACUCCAGUGGCUGGUGGACGAGCUUCAGGCUGCUGAGAAUCGAGGAGACAAAGUGCAUAUAAUUGGGCACAUUCCUCCAGGACAUUGCCUCAAGAGCUGGAGUUGGAACUAUUACAAAAUUAUAGCCAGGUAUGAAAACACUCUGGCUGGUCAGUUCUUUGGCCACACUCAUGUGGAUGAGUUUGAGAUCUUCUAUGAUGAGGAAACUCUGAGCCGCCCACUAGCCGUAGCCUUCCUGGGACCCAGUGCUACCACCUUUAUCAACCUUAAUCCUGGCUACCGAGUUUACCAAAUAGAUGGAAACUACCCGGGAAGCUCUCAUGUGGUCCUGGACCAUGAGACCUACAUCCUGAAUCUGACCCAGGCCAAUGCGCCGGGGGGCACGCCCAGCUGGAAGCGGCUCUACAGGGCUCGGGAAACCUAUGGACUUCCAGAUGCGAUGCCUGCCUCCUGGCACAACCUGGUCUACCGCAUGAGGGCUGAUGAGCAGCUCUUCCAGACCUUCUGGUUUCUCUACCAUAAGGGCCACCCACCUUCAGAGCCCUGCGGCACACCCUGCCGCCUGGCCACUCUGUGUGCCCAGCUCUCAGCACGUGCAGACAGCCCUGCUCUGUGUCGCCACUUGAUGCCCAAUGGGAGCCUCCCAGAUGCCCAUAGCUUGUGGUCACGGCCCCUGCUGUGCUAGUGUGGGAAAAGUUCACAUAUUAGCAAAGGGAUGGAUUCCUGAGUAUCGCUGAUCUACCUGAGGCAAAAGCUUUCGGGGAAGGAGCCAGCCAGGCCAGGGAACAAGCCUCCUCAUGAAAGCUUGUUUGGCUAGACUGAGGGAGGUUUUGGCUGUCCUAUUUAUGCCCAGUAUCUGGAUUACCCCUGGGGCUGAUGUCUUUAAGGCCACAAAGCCGAGGUCUUAGUGCUCUGGAUUGUAGACAGGAGCUAUUGCCCCAGCCUGUGCUAUGCACCUCUGAACUCUGUACUGUUACCUGAUCCUGCCAGGCUGUUAAAAUAAAGAGACUCAUACUUCA